AAUCCUACUGCAAGCCUGUCUUAUCCGAACUAGCCUUUACCCAUUUGAACUAUUUCUCAUUCCCAUUAUACCCUUCCAUUGCCCCUACAAAUAGAAGGGCUUUGGUUCUGGAGAGAGAGUGAGCAAGAGCUAAGCUUAAAAGUAUAUAACAAUGGUGGGAGGCGAAGAAGUGAGGAACAAACAGGUGAUAUUUAGAGACUAUGUCAGUGGUUUUCCCAAGGAAUCUGAUAUGUACAUUACCACAGACAAGACCUUACAUUUGAAGGUCCCUGAAGCCUCAAAUGGUGUUUUGGUGAAGAAUCUCUACUUGUCUAGUGACCCUUACAUGCGUCUUCGCAUGCAAAAACAUGGGGUCGACCUUGAUGGUUUCUUAGCUUCCUACACCCCCGGUUCUGUGCUAAGUGGAUACGGAGUUUGUAAAGUGGUGGAUUCGGGGCACCCAGAUUUCAAAAGGGGUGAAUUAGUUUGGGGAAUAACAGGAUGGGAAGAGUACACCCUCAUUACGUCACCUGAAGCCCUUUUCAAAAUUCAACACACCGAUGUUCCCCUUUCCUACUACGCAGGACUUCUUGGUAUGCCUGGUCUGACUGCUUAUGUUGGAUUUUAUGAGAUUUGUACUCCAAAGAAAGGAGAGAAAGUAUUUGUUUCUGCAGCAUCUGGUGCAGUUGGCCAGGUUGUUGGGCAAUUUGCAAAACUGAUGGGUUGCUAUAUUGUUGGUAGUGCUGGAAGCAAAGAAAAAGUUGACCUGUUGAAGAACAAGUUUGGGUUUGAUGAUGCUUUCAAUUAUAAGGAAGAGCAUGACUUGGAUGCAGCUUUGAAGAGGUACUUCCCGGAAGGUAUUGACAUUUACUUUGAGAAUGUUGGGGGAAAGAUGCUAGAUGCAGUACUCCUCAAUAUGAAAAUUCAUGGUCGGAUUGCUAUGUGUGGAAUGAUCUCCCAAUACAACAAUAUCCACGAACCUGAAGGAGUAACCAACUUGAUAUAUCUCAUCUACAAUCGAGUUCGAAUGCAAGGAUUUGAGGUUUUCGAUUAUUAUCACCUCUAUUCCAAGUUUUUGGAGACUGUACUGCCUUACAUCAGAGAACGAAAGAUAACAUAUGUGGAAGACAUUACUGAAGGCCUUGAGAGCGGCCCUGCGGCUCUUGUAGGUCUUUUUAGUGGCUUGAACAUUGGAAAACGGGUGGUUGUAGUUGCUCGUGAAUGAUUCAAGUUUCAUGCUGGUGAUUAUGUAGUAGGAGGGUCAGUUGAGUCGGGUUAUUUUUGUGCCUAUGUGCGUUGUUAAUUGUAUUACUUUUAAAUCGUGUUGCUUCUAUUCAUGUCAAUAUUUUUGGACAUUGUACUGUGUUAGAUGAGAGAAUAAAUGAUAAUAUCAAGAAACAAAUAUAACGCCCCAAAAUCUCUCUUGGACGACAUUAU